AUGAACGAAUCUAUUUGUGAGUGGUUGGAGCAUCACCCAUCCAUCUUGGACAUGAAUGAUUUACGAUCGACGUACAUCGCCAAUUGUAUUUUCAACAAUUUAUCAACCCAUACCGCCAUCAUGUUGAACAUUUUGACAAUGUACGCGGUGCGAAAAACGUUGUCGCUACCCAAGACGUUGAGAACAUUGCUGCUGAGUCUUGCUGUUUCCGACAUUGGUGUCGGUUUCAUUGUUCAACCAUUUUACACGUCAUUCUUUGUCAAGUGGUUACAACUGAACGAACCAAAAUGCAGCACACACAAAGCUUUAGUGGCAAUUACUCUUUUAUUUUCUCAAGCUUCUUUCCUAAGUGUUGUCGCUGUGAGUGUAGACAGGUUCUUAGCUGUUCAUCUGCAUCUCAGAUACCAGGAACUUGUGACUCAUAAACGUGUUGUUGUUGUGGUGAUCGCAACAUGGGUGUUAAGUGCAUCUAAUUCUUUAUUUACCUUUCUGAACCUGCAAGAAGUUUACCAUUUAAUCUUUUCGAUUAUGGUGGUUACAGGCCUUAUUGUUACAACUAUUGUUUACACCAGGAUUUAUUUCAUUGCACGGCGGCACAAGAAUCAGAUUCAGUCCUUACAAAUACAACAAGGGGAACAAACUUCUGAAAUGGCUCGUUUUGCAAAACUAGUUCAUUCAGCUGUCAGUGUUUUCUACGUAUACGUCUUGUUACUAGCUUGUUAUUCGCCCCUCUUAAUCUGCAUAAGGAUUGAAAGUUCAAGUGUCACCACAAAGAGAUUUUGGGUAGUAUCGUCGACGUUACUGCUUCUUAACUCAUCUCUGAACCCUUUAAUUUACUGCUGGAGGAUGAGAAACAUGAGGCACUCAGUCAUAAAUGUACUGCGGAACAUGACUCGGAACCGAAAUCGAAUUUCACAGUCAUAAUUGAUGUGACUUAGCUUUGUCAAGAAUCCUUACAUCCCAUGUCACCGAUUUUAAUAAUUGCUCACUUUUACUCCUCGAGUAAAAGAAACCUACGAGUUGCCAUGAGUUGACGCUACUAAGACAUCCCUUACUUAGAGGAUGACCUUUGUACGUGAAAGUGAUAGAGGCUCAUAAAUAGUCUACAUCUAUGUCGUUUUUUGGCCAAACUGUGAUUGCCCCAACUGAGAGGUAGGGUGGUCACACAGUCAGGUGCGAACAACGUUUCAGACAUCGAAGACACAAAUAAAUGAGCUGAAUGCAUAUAUUUGAGUAAUACAAUGAAAAAUAAGACUGAGGCAACUCUUCUCAAUUACUGAGCACGUUACGACAUUUUCAGCGCGAGUAGGUAGAAGACGCAAUAAUGUAUGCUAUGUUAUUUAUUUUUUCAAAGGAGGGGUAAUAUUUGAUUGCUUCACCAUUGUACUUUGCUCCACUCUGUGUUUGGUCUGUCACCCGCUAUACCCUUUUGCAAUCGGAUACAAAACUUAAUCAAUCGCGACUUGGUCACUCUUGCCGCGCAGGCAGUUUGGUUUUACUUACAGUUCUUUUGGGCUCGUUAUGAUAUUUCCUUUCGGUAUGGUUGGCCAUUGUGAUGUCUUGCAUUUACGACACUUCAUUGGUCACUCUUGCCGCGCAGGCAGUUUGGUUUUACUUACAGUUCUUUUGGGUUCGUUAGGAUAUUUUCUUUCGUUAUGGUUGGCCAUUGUGAUGUCUUGCAUUUACAACACUUCAUUAAGCACUCUAAAUAAAACAUAGCUCUUUUGAAAUUGUGGGGAAAAAAGAGCGCAAGUAAACACCAUAGUCAAGGAUUAAAAGGUUUUAGUUUGUAUGAAUUGACAUACAAGCCAUUAAUCUUAAUCUCCUGGUCUGUUUUACGCAGAAGUUGUACAAAGGGCUAUUUUUAGCGGUCCUGUUUCCGAAGAUUUUAGAUUGUUUGUAAAUACAAUGUAAACAGACUAAAGGAAGAAUUAGUAUCCUUUCAAAGAGCAGUAAAGAAGCAAGCUAAUUAAGGUUUAUUUGUCAAUAUGGUUACACCUAUGGGUAAUUGGUAUCAGCUCUUAAAGAGCUUAUAAUUUGUCGCUCGUUGUAGUUAAAUUUAUGAUCUUUGUAAUGGGAAUUCCCUUUCUCCCCCCCCCCCCCUUCCUCUCGCGAAAAAGCAGGCAUCUCAGAGUUUCUUAGUAAGCUUUUAGAGACCGGUGAAAAUUUACAGCUUAACCAGUGAGGCUAAUUAUUAUCACUGGUAGAGUAAUUUGACUUGCGUUUUGAUUGAGUGAUAAGGAUCCAACGGAAAGUUAACGAAUAAGCGAGUUGCCUUCAAGUGGGAGGUUUUUUUGUUUAGUUAAAUUUUUUUUGUAAAUGGACCCCGUUUCAGAAAACUGAGCUUGUUGUUCCAGUUUAUGUGUAAAGAGCUUUACUAGUGCUUAAAUAAAUUUCCUCGUCAUAUCAAGCUCAUUAAGGUGUAGCAGAUGUGGGGCAGGCAAGUUUCUCCAAGGACUUAAUUUAGGAGAUCAAAGAAACCAGAAGUUGGUUUUCGUUUGCAACAAUUAACCGAGAUACAUCAUUAGGAAAGGAGUGCGACUUUAUUUAAACUUAGAGAAAACAAAAUAACUAACAUCAGAAUUAAUGGCAUACAAUGACGUUAUUGCUGAUAAUAAAAGCGUAUUUGUUUACCUAAGUUGACAGGAAUGGAUUUUCAGUGAAGUAUCGUCAAACUUCUUAAGAGGCUUUCUUUCUAUAAAUUAUGAUUGUAUUGCUUUAAAAAAAAUGUAAAACCGUUUUUUUCAAAGUUGUUUUUCUAGACAAAUCCCCAUUCCCUUUUCUAUCCGAAAAAUAAAACAUCAUUAAACCUUUUAUUACUGAGAUGUUUACCCAGGAGAGCAGAAAACAUAAUUGGUCUGCAUCCUGAACUGCACAUAAAAGGAGAAAAAAUUCAUUUACGAGUCCAGCGAAGUAACGUCAAGAUCUUUUUAAGCUAGUUUGUUUCUUGUUAGUUCGUAGACCACCAUGGCAACUUAAACAAGGAACGAACGUCAUGCGAUGACGCUCUUCUCUUCCCCUUGUCUUGGUCUCUGUCUCCACGGUGAAGCGAAGGGAAGGCUACGUGUGAUUCAGAUACUGCAGGAAGCUAUCGAAGUUCUCGCGAUCGAAGAUGGUGAAGGUGUCGUUCGGGGCGUAGUGUUUCCGAUUCCAAGGCUUGUUAGGAACGAUAAAGUAAUUACCUCCUCUUCGUAUUCAAAACACUCCAUAUAGAGGUUAGCAUUAACAGUUUAUAAAAUGACUAAUUUUUUUUAAAGGGCACGGUAACGAAUCUUGCAAUCUGAUUGGUUCCUUACCCGGUCAGUAUUUUCCUAUCUCUGCCCACGGGCCACGGUAACGCUUUCGUGAGUCGCCGAGUACAUCCCAACUUUCGUUGCCAUUUUUCAUAAAAUAUCUCGUUUUUCCGGCUGGGCAGUAUUUUCAAGCAAAUACGUCGGUCACUACCUCAAGCCGAUAAAUAACUUAUGAAUCCUCUGUUUUCUCUCUCUCAAAUCACUUUGGUUGAUAGAAAAAAUAUUGGUUUCAAAAUGAAUUUGUAUUAGGAAUAGUGUAAUUACGUUGGUUGACAAGCGGCCUAAAAACCGUCUGCAAUUAAUUUUAAUCGUUCACAAAAGGUACAUAGAAGGUUAAAACGUGAAGUAUUUGGUUACAGUUAAACUGAACGAUGUAACUUUCAUUCAUUUAAUAUCUGAAUUUUCUCAAACAAUUUGCUCGUAGUGAAAGAGCGAGCGAAGUUUUAAUUUAAGUUCUACAACAAAUAUACGCUCUCGGUGAGUCUUUCCAAGUCCAUUCAAUUUGGACAUUUGUACCGUAAAUUGCACAACAGAAACUGAAGGAAUUUAAUGAGAAAAGGCCGCAUUAAAUCCCCAUGUGUUUCGUUGGAGUGUUCCAUUCGAAUUAAAUUUUUGUGGAGGAGAGACCAGAUUAACACACGCCAUUGCAGCAAACAAACGAACAAACUCUCACAACUUUAAAAUAAAAAAUUUGAAUUUACUCACAGUUACUUUCCUGAUGAGAGUGAAUAAUACUUUCCGUUAGAUCAUUGACUGUUUUUGAAGAAAACAUUGUCGUGACAGUCCUUGCCAAACUAGUUCCGUUGUUUUUCAAAUGUUCUUGCGCUUUUUUUUUCUUACGCGCUCCCUAAUUGAUAACUGUGUUUCGAAGUUUGUUUGGAAGCCUUUUAAAUCAUCUUUAUCGUUACGGUAAUGAAAAUGUUUCGGUGAGGCAUCUCUCUUUAAUUUGCAUCACCUUUAUUUUAACUACCAUUUAUUUUAGCUCAGCUCUAAAUCAUUCGGGUUCUUUCGGAAAGAAUUUCGUCAAGUUUUAAAAAAAUAAAUAUUAUUAUUUAUAGUGUCGGUCCGUAUGGUGAAAAACUGUGACCUCGGUCUUGAAAUGUAUUUUCAAGACCUCGGUCACAGUUUUUCACCAUACGGACCUCCCAGCCGGCAAAUAUAAUAUGUAUAUCGUGAGAAAAUCUAUUUUACUUCCUAUAUAAUAAAAGUGUAAUUUGGAGUUACUAGCGGUUUAUUUUGAUAUUUCCUUCUUUCCUGGUUGGCUGCUCACGCUUGGUUUGGUUUGAAGUUACAAUGUAUUUUCGACACCAAAUCGAAAAGAGCUGGGCGCUUUAAAUUAAACUUAGCAAGUUUGAAAAAAAAGGGAAAACUUAACCACACAUAUGAGUCAUGGAUUUAAAUAUUUUCUUUAAUUUUAGAUGAUAGUUGUUGAUUUUCCUGUUUGCUUCAGGGAAACUUUUUUUCGUCGACAUCUUAUUUAACUGGCUUUUAGAAAGCUACACUUGUCAUUAUUUAUCUAAGGAAUUGUAGCAAAGUUAUUUCUGACCGAACUGUUUGACGGAUUUCAGCCACAUUUAAAUUUGUCAAAUUCCUUCUUUUUCAUUUUUGUUACACCUCGGCGUGUAAAACACAAAAUUCGCAGAUGAUACCGCCCUUUACUAAACCGUUUAAAAUGUCUUGAGAGUUUUUGUUUCAGAUAAUGGAAAUAAUAUUUGGCUAGUUUUUCAUUAGUAGUUAUUGCUGUUAAUGCAUGUACUUAAAACAAAAUGACCCUUAAAAAUGGUCCCUGGAUUAAAGUUUCAAGUGGAUCAGCUUAGUUUUUGUUCCGUAUUUGGUCCAUGGUUUUGAUUUGGUCUUAGAAUUUAGUUUGGUUGAAACUCUCAAACAAAUAUCUAUUUUUACCAGAAAUUACCAGGCUUCAUGUUCUUUGCGAACACCUGUCUCACAGUUCCAAUCCGUCGACAACGAGGAAAAUACAUGUUCAUCGACAGUAAAUGUCACGAUGUUUCUUAAUUUCUUGCUGAAAUAGAACGUUGUUUAAAUGCGAUUUUGAGAAGUAGCGCGCUAAAUAGUACAGAAAGCAAGAGGUGAUAGACAGAUGUAACGAGAAGAACAUGGUUUACGGCCCAAAAACCAUCAUGAAUGAAUCUAUUUGUAAGGGGUUUAGGUUGUUGAUUUUCCCUUUGGUUCCGGGAAUCUUUUUUUUCGUCAACAUCUUAUUUGCCGGGCUUUUAGAAAGCUACACUUGUCAUCAUUUAUGUUAGGAAUUGUAGAAAAAGUUAUUUCUGACCGAACUGUUCAACGGAUUUCAGCCACAUUUAAGUAUGUCCAACUCCUUCUUUUUCAUUGUUGUUACAACUAGGCGGGCAAACCACAAAAUUCGCAGAUGCUACCGACCUUUACUAAACCGUUUCAAAUGUCUUGAGAGUUUUUGUUUCAGAUAAUGCAAAUAAUGUUUGGCUAGUUUUUCAUUAGUAGUUAUUGCUGUUAAUGCAUGUACUUAAAACAAAAUGACCCUUAAAAAUGGUCCCUGGAUUAAAGUUUCAAGUGGAUCAGCUUAGUUUUUGUUCCGUAUUUGGUUCAUGGUUUUGAUUUGGUCUUAGAAUUUAGUUUGGUUGAAACUUCCAAAUAAAUAUCUAUUUUUACCAGAAAUUACCAGGCUUCAUGUUCUUUGCGAACACCUGUCUCACAGUUCCAAUCCGUCGGCAACGAGGAAAAUACAUGUUCAUCGACAGUAAAUGUCACGAUAGUUUCUUAAUUUCUUGCUUAAAUUAAAUAGAACGUUGUUUAAAUGUGAUUUUGAGAAGUACCGCGCAGACAGAAAGCAAGAGGUGAUAGAUGUAACAAGAAGAACAUGGUUUACGGCCCAAAAACCAUCAUGAACGAAACUAUUUGUGAGGGGUUUAGGUAUAGCCUCUCCAUCUUAGACAUGAAUGAUUUACGAUCGACGUUCAUCGCCAAUUGUAUAUUCAACAAUUUCUUAACCUACAGCGCCAUCAUGUUGAACAUUUUGACAAUCUACGCGGUGCGAAAAACGUCCUCGCUACCCAGAACAUUGAGAACAUUGCUGCUGAGUCUUGCUGUUUCUGACAUUGGUGUUGGUUUCAUUGUUCAACCAUUUUACACGUCAUUCCUUGUCAAGUGGUUACAACUGAACGAUCCAAAAUGCAGCACAUACAAGGCCUUCCUGGUAAUUGGUCUCACAUUUUCUCAAGCUUCGUUCCUGAGUGUUGUCGCUGUGAGUGUAGACAGGUUCUUAGCUGUUCAUCUGCAUCUCAGAUACCAGGAACUUGUAACUCAUAAGCGUGUUGUUGUUGUGGUGAUCGCAACAUGGAUGUUAAGUGCAUCCAAUUCUUUAUUAACCUUUUUGAAUCUGCAAGACGUUUGCCUGUUAACCUUUUUGAUUAUGGGGUGUGCAGGGGUUAUUCUUACAACUAUUGUUUACACCAGGAUUUACUUAAUUGUCAAACGGCACAGGUAUCAGAUUCAGUCCUUACAAAUUAAUCAAGUGGAACAAACUUCUGAAAUGGCUCGUUUUACAAAACUAGUUCAUUCAGCUGUCAGUUUCUUCUACGUAUAUAUCUUGUUACUAGCUUGUUAUUUGCCCAUCUUAAUCUGCAUGAGGAUUAAAACUCCAAGUGUCGCCAGAAAGAGAUUUUUGGUAGUAUCGGUGACGUUUCUGUUUCUCAACUCGUCCCUGAACCCUAUAAUUUACUGCUGGAGGAUGAGAAACAUGAGGCACUCAAUCAUAAACUUACUAAGAAACAUGUCUCGGAAUCGAAAUCGCAUUUUACAUUCAUCAUUGGUGUGA